AGGCUUUGUGCUCGAAGGGGGAAAGUCAAUCGUGUGGUGCAAACCUGGGUGUAAGACGCUAUUUGCGUACCGAGCCGAACGUCACACAAAACAAACCCCAUUCCAUCACCCAAGCCGUUAUCAAUCAAUUAGAGUUCAGCAAAGGUGAGCUAAACCCGCCCGCCAUCUUGAGUUUGCAGCGCUGGGAGUUACUAAUUGUAGCUUUCUCCCACUGUGUGCUGGUGUGGCAGGUGCACCUAGAAUGCACAUUGUUCUAGGCGCAGUACGGAGAUAAUUGACUCCCGGUGGUUUGCCACCUGAACGCGCACAGCAUCACCGGCCAAGCGCUGUUUUAUUGCACUGCCGUGCGUUACCGUGUGAAGGUUGACUCCCGAUGUUGGCUUUAUAAAACCACGCGCAAUGGGUGAGUCCGAGCGUAAACCGACUGCUGCAGUAGCUGAAGAACCUUCGCGAGACAAACACUCCAGCAAAUCAGAUCGCCAUGAAGUCGUUUGCUGCUACUGCUGUUGCCUUAAUGGCUGCUGUGGGUAUGAUCGAGGCCGGAUACAUCGGCGCACCGUACACCGAGCUCGCACACGCGUCGCACACCGUCCACGAUACCGGUGCCUACUACGACGAUCACUAUGCGCCGUUCGCGCACGCUGCUCCAGCCUAUGCCGCACCGUAUGCUGGCUACUACUAUGGCAACCCCUCCGGUACGUACAGCUACUGGGGCGCCCAUGGACCGACGGUCGUGCAGGAAAAUGCGGCCAGCCUGCCAGCGGCACCCUUGCAUGGAGCUCAUCUGUAUGCGCCGUACGCAUCGCUUUACGGAGCCUACGGACCGGUGAAGACGACUGUCGUGCAGGAGAACCAUGCGGCCAGUAGUCUUGCGAACCAUUGGGGCCUUCCCGCUGCCUACGGUGUGUACGAACACGGGUAUGGAUAUGGACACUACAACCAUCAUCUUGCUGGUGUGGCCCCAGUUGCUAAGUAUUUGCUGUGAAAGAUCCAUUUGACAUAAAAAUGUUAAUUUGUUCGAAGAAAAUUUGCGUUUGACUUUAAUUCCAUCGUUGCACUAACGAAUGCUCCGGAGUAAAUCUCU